CGAGACUCUGCAUUAGCUGCAUGCAUAAGAUACGUGUAUCAACUAUCGAGUAUCAUAGAAAAAUUCAUAGGCCUACGCUAAAUAUUGGAAGCAUACGUCGUCUAAAAAUCCGGCUUUUACGUGAAAGUUGGAAAUUGAAAUCAACAUGGUUUGUGGAGGGUUCUCGUGUAGUAGAAAUGCGCUGAUUGCGCUUAACAGUCUAUAUAUUAUUGUGGCACUCAUUCUAAUCAUAGUCCCAUCUCUAGCCAAAUCUGGAUCGUACGUCUCCAGUCUUUAUAUCAUCGGUGGUAUCAUAGCCUGUGGAAUCUUCCUUUUCAUCGUAGCUGUAGCAGGUUUGAUUGGAGCUAUCAAACAUCAUCAAGUCUGUCUUUUCUUUUACAUGCUCGUUCUGUUCUUGGUCUUCCUAAUUCAGUUCUCUGUAUCCAUAGCAGCACUGGCCUGUGGGAAAGACCAGAGGGAAAAGCUGGUCAGACUCUCAUGGGAACACUCGAGUAACGAAACAAAAACAGACAUUCAGAAUGGCUUAUGCUGCUGUGGCUUUGAUAAAAAUGAUACCAGUCAUCCUACCUGUCCAACUGUCAGGAAUGAUGUGAAAUGUGGAGACCAAACUUGCCAGGACAAGAUGGAUGAAGGUUAUGCACAGGGAUUAAAAAUAUCAGGAGCAGUAGGGCUUUUCUUCAGUUUAACAGAGCUGAUAGGGGUGUGGUUAGCUGUUAAGUUCAGGAAUCAGAAGGAUCCCAGGGCCAACCCCAGCGCCUUCCUGUAACAGAGGAUCUUGCCUGCUCACCCAAUCCUGUUGCUCUCCGCUUGCUUCGCUAAAUCAAACAAUUUGUUGGAGUUUUUGUCACCUACCGGUAUCGGAACCUGAAGGAUCCUAGGGCCAAUCCCAACGCAUUCCUCUGAUCUGACAACAUCUCAAAAUCAUCCUAGAGGAUACAUUUAUAGAUUCUUUUAAAAAUUCAUAACUUUAGAUUGAUUUGCACAAAAUAGUGCAACAUUUUUAGAUAAAAGAUUGAGCAGUGCGAUAUAAACUAAACGUAAAUAUAUUCAUGAUGUGGUUUUUAUAUCAUUAAUGACUACUGCCAAUUUGUGGCAGGUUAUAUUAAUCAUACCAUUAUUCUAUAUUCAUUUAUGAGUUUGUACUUUCCAUUUGAAGAACACUACAAAUUGAUUUAAGUUUUUCUGUGUGGCCUGUGGUUACUCACUCCAAUAAAUUAUGAUGUGCUUGUUUUUGUAAUUUGAUAUUUUUUUCAGCGUUCAGUUCAGACAAAGUGAGAGAGUGAAGAUUUUUCCAACAAAGAAAAAAAUAGGAGGAUAUAAAAAUGGAACAUUUCUGUAGCAAAUUUUCAUUUUAAAUUAGGGAAGCUUUAGUACAUGCAAGAUCCAAUGAUUUUAAGAUUUCUUGGCCUGUAGAGCUGCUGAUUUGUUGUGAUCAGCAUAGGGUUUGUUAAAAUGACAUUUAUAUUAUUAUGGUGGUAGUAAUGAUUUGCUCCAGUGGCAUACAGUAUUACAAAAGUUUCCUUUGCGUGCAAAUUACAAGUAAUUUUAUGAUAGUAGUAAAUUUUCAUUUUAAAGGAGGGAAGUUUUUUAAUAUAUGGAUCAUUAAAAACAAAAUAAAAAAAUAUUUAGAACCCAUCAACAAGCUACAUGUAGGUGAUAGAAUAUUCAACUUUGUUAUUCAAUGGAAAUGAUUUGCUGCACAAUGGCAUAUCCAUACCACUAACUUCUAACUUACUCUCUUAAUUUUUGGAAUGGAAAAUAACUUUUGUGGAAGCCAAAUUAUUGAUCACUUCCUGUGGGCUUUGGAAUAGAAUCCACUCCUUUUUUAGUGGAAUUCACUCCAAGAGAGUGAUUGAAUUGAGAGGGAGAUUUAUAAUAUCCCCUAAAAGUAAAUUUCCAUUCCUGUACUUUACGAGGGUGCUAUUGUAGGUGUAGGUGACAUGUCUGUUCUGCUGCAGUCACAGUAUCACUCAAUCGAAGCCUAGCCUUGAGGGUCAUGUUUGGUUUGUAUAGGGCCCCUGUAUAGCACAAUAAACACCCAAUGGAGGCCAUAUUCUAAUAGUGAACUCUCCACCCAAGACCCUCCUUCAAAUUUACUCUAUCCAUCAUGAAAUGCCACACACUAAACUUUAAUAACUGCCAUGUAAUAUCACAUACAUUGUACAUUAAUGUGCCGUAGCUAUGGGCACUGCUGACAGUUCCUCGAAAAACAUUGUUCUUUUUAAGAUUUUCUGUACAGUGAGUACUAUGGACAUCCUCCUCCCUAUCCCAAAAUGGCCCUUAUUGGCCUCUAGGCUUCACAGGAUGAUGUGACCGCAGCAUGAUGCAGAAGGAUACACAGAUCUUAUAUGAUAUUUAGAUCUUAUUUGAUAGGAAGUGAUCUUCUGCUGAUUUUAUUUCAUGUAUCAUUUAAUUACUUUUCAUCUUUCUUUUCCUUCCUAGACCGAUAUAUCAAUGUUAUGUGGCAAUAUGAGGUGUGUAGAUUUUUCCAUUAGAAGUUUAAUUGGACUGUAUAUAAUUCUUUGGUAAUUUGAGAUGGUAAAGAGCUUUUUUAUUUAUUUCUUGUAAUUGGGUGUAUUCUGCCAGUGUAUAUUCCACACUGUAUUUAGGUGGGUGCUGAGUUUUCAAAAUUGUACUCAUGUUGUAAGGAGCAAUCCGUAUGUACUCUGCUUGCCAAUGUCAAGCUAUAUUUACCAGAAAAUAUUAUUAGAUGAUAUGUAUGAUGUCAGACGCUAGCUCAAGAUAAGUAUAUUUAGGGAAAUUACUGUCGUUCAUUCAAAGCUAAUAGAAUCCAUGCUUAUUUUGUAGGUGUGACACAGAUAGAGGAUCGUGUAGUUGCAUUGGUUUUAACAUGGUCUGCUAACAACCAGAAGGAUGUUAACUCAUUUACAUGAACACAGAGUUAACAUCCUUCUGCCUCUGAACAGACAAUCUAUGUUCUGACCAAUGUAUACUUGUAGCACAGGGCUAAAUGUGUGUGAAGUAAUCAAACAGAUUUAGUCAUACAUGAUAUCUGUAGAAACAUAAGGUGGCAAUUCUGAAAGAUAUUGUUUGUCAGUUGAGCUGAAUUAAGGAAGGAACUAGAUUUUAUGUCAAAGCGACAAAAAAAUAUUAAAAUCACUGCUUAUAUAUAAUAUUAUAUAAAGAGGAAUAACAUAACCCUGUUUAUGUUCAAAUAUGAUAUUGUACCAAAAUUCUUAGUUCAGUUUAUCAAAGUAGUAUUUAAUCUUUAGGCAAUCCUUUCCUAAUUAAUUUUUUUAAUACAAAUUCUCACACUGGUUCGAGUUAUAUGAGGUGAAGACUAUAUUUAUCGAAAUGCUACAUAUUAGAAUUGCUUGUCUAUAGGGUUUCGGGUGCUCUCUUGGGUUCUGUCAUUGGUGUAUAAUGUGUAGAGUUGUAUGGGAGAUGUAUCGCUUAGUAAUAAAGGAGGAUGAAUGUAAGAUAUUCAGGUAGUACUAUAAACUGUUCAUAUACUCCUUAUUCAUUUCAGUAAAUUUCAGAUUUAGAUUUUUGCCUUUCGUAAUUUAUUAACUUUGUUUUUCAAAUGAGUGCGAGAUGACUGUGUCAACUUCUUGUCAUAAACUGGUGGUAAUUUGUUUAGAAAUUCAUGUAAAUAUUUGAUAAUAUGGCUGCUGAAAAGUAGAUUUGUUCUUGAAUAUAGGGAAAGGGUACUUAGCUUUUGAUUCCUAUAUGUGUGCAUGUAUUAGAUUGAAGAUUUUUCUCACCAAACAGGAUGAGAUGGAUAACAGUAAUGUAAAGAGGGUCAACAUCAUCUCCUGGAGCGUUGUAUGUUUUGGGUAGAGUUAUAGAUCACCAACUUUAUUGUAAACAAUCUUUCAUUUGCUCAUUUCAAUUAGAUUGAUGCUGUCUCUACAACUGUAAGGUUUUUUGACAGUGUGACAACUUUGUAAAUGCUCACACAUUCAUAAUAAUUCAAUUGAGCUGCAUUUACAUGAUGAUGAUGAUGUAUUUUGAUAAUAUACCGGUAAUCCCCACCAAAAGCUUAAAAGUUGCAAUUACAUCUAUAUCGAACCUCUGGUGAAGAGUUACCGUUUUGAAUCUUGUGUCUUAACAAAACAUAAUGAUUUAUGUUCAGGUUGGUCUAUUAUGCAUCCACUGUAUUCCAUGGUUUUGGAUGAUGACAUAGUGAUACUAGUAAUAUUUGCCAAGAUGCUGGACACAAAUAUUUUUUCUAUCGGUGAAGAAUGGUCAGGUUGUGUAACUUGCCAUUUUCUUUGUUAUUGCAAACCAAAUUAUUUGCAAUACCAAUGCUAAUUAAUCAUUGAUCUGAAGUUUGAUCUGUUGUCCAUGUGUUUUGUUUAAAGAGAUAUGAAUGAACUUUGCAUACAAUUAAGAUUUGGUUGGAAUCAUUUAAGAUUAUCACGACUAUAAAGGAUACGUGUAAAAGAAGUAAUUCACUACCGAUCAUGUUUACAGACUAAAACAUAACCCACACAUAAGGCAGUCCAAGUAAAAGUUAUUGAAAUGAAACGCUACAUUUAUUAUAGUGGAUUUGAAGUAGAAAAAAAAAGACAUUGGAGAUUUGAAAUGCUCGACUAAUCUUCCAAACUUAAGGGUUAAAAAAAGUGGAAAUCUCACUGUUUGUUUCUGCUUUAUUUAUGAACCAAUGCCCUUCCCUUUGUUCUACACCCUUGGUUCUAUACAUGUAAUUAUUUUCUAUGACAAUUUCCUUCGUACAUUCCUUCCUAGUCGCAAUGUGUAUACGCUUAAUGUAGCUGAAGCAUUUAUGACGCACCCCUAAAACGAAUGGAAUAUGCCAUCUGAUUGCAUGGUGUGUUAUGAAUUCUAAAAUGUAACAGGUAUGUUCCAUUCUUUCUGGAGGGUUGAUCUUGACUUUUGGCAUUUACAUAUGAAUAUUAAAUUGAUAUUGAAUUUCA